GCUCACCACACAUUUUUCUAAAAUACCACCAAACAGGCCCAAGAAAACAGAGAAGGGCGAAUCCAACGGCCCAUAUUCAAUCUUGGUUCCCAAGAAGUUCCACCCAACGCAUUUAUCGCGUUCCCUCUCACUUUUGACCUACACAACGAAUUCUCGAAUCCAACUCUCCUCAACAAUCAAUCAAUCACAUCAGAUCUCUCUCUCAAGAAACAACAAUGGCCGUUUCCGCGCGUGAGGAGUUCGUGUACAUGGCCAAGCUCGCCGAGCAAGCCGAGCGCUACGAAGAGAUGGUCGAGUUCAUGGAGAAAGUCUCCGCCGCCGUCGACGGCGACGAACUCACCGUGGAGGAGCGAAACCUCCUCUCCGUGGCUUACAAGAACGUGAUCGGCGCUCGCCGUGCCUCGUGGCGCAUCAUCUCCUCGAUCGAGCAGAAGGAAGAGAGCCGCGGCAACGACGACCACGUGGCGGCGAUCCGAGACUACAGAUCUAAGAUCGAGACGGAGCUCUCGGGGAUCUGCGAGGGGAUCCUUAAGCUGCUCGAUUCGAGGCUCGUGCCUGCCGCUGGGAGUGGUGACUCGAAGGUGUUUUAUCUGAAGAUGAAGGGGGAUUAUCAUAGGUACUUGGCUGAGUUUAAGACUGGUCAGGAGAGGAAAGACGCCGCUGAGAAUACUCUCUCCGCUUACAAAGCUGCUCAGGAUAUUGCGAAUGCAGAGCUUGCACCAACUCACCCAAUCCGUCUAGGUCUGGCAUUGAACUUCUCUGUGUUCUACUACGAGAUCCUUAACUCUCCUGAUCGUGCCUGCAGCCUCGCCAAACAGGCCUUUGAUGACGCGAUAGCAGAGUUAGACACUCUAGGAGAAGAGUCAUACAAAGACAGCACCUUGAUCAUGCAGCUUCUCCGUGACAACCUCACUCUCUGGACAUCCGACAUGCAGGAUGAUGCUGCGGAUGAGAUCAAGGAAGCAUCAGCUCCAAAACCGACCGAGGAACAGCAGUAA